AUGGCUUCGUAUCCCGUCCUUGAAGUAGAUGAUGCCGUUAUCCGUAAGGAUAUGAUAGGUUCUUCCAUCCUUUUCUUUAUAAUCUUCUUCGUCAGCAUUCGCAUUUACUUCUACCUCCGCCAUCUUCGACGCCAACGUUUAAUUUCUUCAGACUCUCGUACGGCUCCCACUUUUGCAGGAGAACGUCUUGACACUUCCGUUCUCAAAUCGCUUCCCAUCACCACUUACUCUUCGUCUGCCGCUCGCCGUACUCUCCAUGACUGUGCUAUCUGUCUGUCGGAGUAUACCGACGGCGAUGAAUGCCGCACGCUUCCAAACUGUAAUCAUGUUUUUCAUUCCCACUGUAUUGACGCAUGGUUUACUUCUCACUCUAAUUGCCCUCUCUGUCGAACUCCGGUCCAACCGGUAACGGCUGAGUCUCAAAUUGAACCGGGUUCUAUUUCGAGUUCAAAAGAAUCGGAUGAGGGUAGUUCGUAUUUUCCUGAACCGAUUGGGUGUCCGAGAAGGCCGUUUAGAGUAAUGGUUGAGUUACCACCAGAGGUUUUCAGGAUUGAAUCUCAUACCCGAGGAUAA